CAUCUUACUCCUUGUUACUUAGCUAUGUCUACACCUACUCUCGCUACCUUCAAGGUGCCUCAGGUCGACAAUGAGCCCAUGAAACACUAUGCACCGGGCUCGCCUGAGCGUAAGGCACUCCAGGCAGCCAUCGACCAGAUGAAGCAGGAGCUCCCUUUCGAGGUGCAUUGCGUCGUCAAUGGCAGGGAUGUCAAGACAGGCAAGCUCGCCAAGCAGCCUAUCCCUCACGCGCAUGCUUCCCAUCUCUGCACGUACCAUGAAGCUACACCAGAGCUCAUCGACGCCGCCAUUUCAGGUGCCCUUGCAGCCAAGAAGGAGUGGGAGCUCCUGCCCUGGAGCGAGCGCGCUGCCGUCUUCCUCAAGGCUGCCGACCUCAUCAGCGGAAAAUACAGGUACAAGCUCCUCGCUGCCACUAUGAUUGGCCAGGGCAAGACCGCUUGGCAGGCCGAGAUCGAUGCUGCAGCAGAGAUGGCAGACUUCUUCAGGUUCGGUGUCAAGUAUGUUGAGCAGCUGUACUCCCAGCAACCCGAAAAGAACUCUGCGGGCGUGUGGAACCGCGUGGAAUACCGCGCACUUGAGGGCUUUAUCCUCGCGGUUUCUCCUUUCAACUUCACGGCUAUAGGCGGAAACCUCUCUGGCGCACCUGCCAUGGUUGGCAAUGUUGCCCUUUGGAAACCCUCCCCUAUGGCUGUAUAUGCCAACUACAUCACUCACCAACUUCUCACCGAGGCCGGUGUACCACCUGGCGUAAUCCAAUUCGUACCAGGGCCCGCUGAGGAGGUUGUCGCAAAGGCAAUUUCCUCCCCGCACUUUGCCGGCCUCCACUUCACUGGCAGCACUUUCGUCUUCCGCAAGCUGUGGAAGGACAUCGCCCUGAAUCUGGACAAGUACAAGGCUUACCCGCGAAUCGUUGGCGAAACGGGCGGGAAGAACUUCCACCUUGUCCAUGCCUCGGCCGACGUCGAGAACGCUGUUCAUCAGACUGUGCGUGGGGCGUUCGAGUACCAAGGCCAGAAGUGUUCUGCAUGUUCUCGCUUGUACGUUCCCAGGAGCCUUUGGGAGGACGGUUUCAAGGAGAAGCUUGUGAGCGAGACCAAGGCGAUCAAGGUUGGCGACCCUACCGAAUGGGGUAACUUCCUUGGACCUGUCAUCGGUCGUGCCGCAUAUGACAAGGUCAUGGGCUAUAUCAAGAAAGCGAAAGAUGCCGGCGGAGAGUUCAUAGUGGGCGGCACCGGCGACGAUUCCAAAGGGUAUUUCAUACAGCCUACUAUCAUCGUCACGAAGGAUCCGAAGUCAGUCACCAUUGUGGAAGAGAUAUUUGGGCCAGUAUUGACUGUGUACGUGUAUGAGGAUGCUGACUAUGAAAAGACGGCGCAUCUCAUCGAUGAGACCACGCAAUAUGGCUUGACUGGGAGCAUUUUUGGCACGGAGCGUAAGGCGCUGCUGACUGCGUCUAACAUAUUGCGCAACGCCGCCGGCAACUUCUACAUCAAUGAGAAAUCGACUGGUGCUGUUGUGGGGCAGCAGCCAUUCGGAGGCAGCAGGGCAAGUGGGACGAAUGACAAGGCAGGCAGUAUUUCCAUUUUCUACCGUUUUGUGAGCGCCCGCAGCAUCAAGGAGGGCUUCGUCGGACUUCAGGAAUGGAGCUAUCCCAGCAAUCUCGUCUAAACCCCAACAAACCCAUUCUCACUGACUUUCAAAGCAAGGGAUUAUUGGUGAUUUCGGUACAUCGUGCAGCCAUUGUACAGAAUAGAAAGAUGAAAAUACAUACGGAUACAAUUCCUUUCUGAUGGAUUCUGCAAAGCGUACAUUUCAUGAUGAUUAGAUAGAGUCCAUCAAGCUGUACAUCUCGAGUCUUUCCCGCUCUGCGCGACGCUCUUCAUCCGAGUCUUGGUUUGGCGGAGCGUUGCCUGCCCUCGUUUCAGAGCUCUGAGGUUUCGGGAUAUUUUCCUUCAUGUGCUGUGCCUCGCCCAAUCCUUCAAGAAUGCCCUCAACCUGAACCCAUUCCCGUUGCUGGAGUGAGUCAUAACUCCCAGACGAAGAGGGGUACCCCACCUUCGGAUCCUCCAUCACGGAAGGAGCAGGAGUCUCUGAGGUGGCCUGCGCCACAUCUUUCGUCUUUGGUGGUGUCCAACCCCAGCUGGAUACCCAGCCCGAUUCUCUGAUUGCUUGGAGUCGUUCGCGCCGUGCGGUGUGUUCGGACAACCAGGACAUUGCUUGUGCGGGUACCGCUUCCAGCUCCUCAAUGAGCGUCGGGGUGUGUUCCGGAUGUUCUUUGCGAUCGGUUUGGCCAGGCCUGGUUACAGACAUGGUGUGUGGGUUGAUUGCUAGUGGGUAGGCCUAGGGUUGGGU